AUGCCAGCAAAACGGAAGUCCCGCUCCUCUCGAAUAUCCGACAACGAUGGCACAUCUACCGAUUUUGCCGACACGAAUUUGACUUUGAACCGAUUCCUGGGGCCCACUGUCCGACGGCCUUACAACUGGUUGACGGGGACUGCUGCUCCUUUCCCUGCCUUGGGACAUCACCCUCCUCCGCUUCCAUCUGCUCAGCUCACGGGAUCUGAAGAUGUCAAUCCGUCUUCCGUGGUUCCCACGCAACGGCCAGGCGGGAUAAAUCUCUCGUCGAAUGUGGGCGUCGCACGCCCCGUUAUUAGUGUCCCCGAAUCGUCGUCACACAGGCAACCUGACCCCCCGCCAGUACAAUCCUUAUCCCCAGCAGCUUACCUACACACACUCCCUAAAGGGACAAGACCGCAACAGGGCCAGGUUGAAAAUCCCGCCCCAAACCCAUUACCGUCUCCAGCCUUGAGCAAUGGGGUUAUUCUCCCAACCGAGCAAAAUGGCCUAUCGAGCGUGCGAUUGGAGAGUCUCCCUGCCGACCGAAGUGCCGCUUCCGCCAGUGUAGACAAUCGCACCAAUAACACAACCGUCGUCGUCGGAGACCAAUCACGAGCUGCGGUCGAACCUACAGAUAUUCACCUAUUCGAAUUCCCGGACAGGCAGCGGAAUCCAGUGCACAAUUCGCCCACCGUUCGGAGAGACCCACCAAGAGCGGUCGGGCCGAGAUCUUCCUCGAACAACGCCGAAAUUGAAACUCCGACGCAGAGAGAACAGCUCGCCGGGCAGCCACGGAUAGUUUCCUCUGUCCCUAAUUGGGACCCCAAUGCCGUCCAGGAGAGGCUUCGGAAAAUCGAGAGAGCGGUCGGUAUCCAGAACAUCGGGCCAUCGGAUGGCCUAAGAGUCCGGUUUUUGAGCGAAGCCAUUAACCGAUACGACUGGUGGUACCUUUUACUCCACCAGAUCGUAAGUAUGGACGUCAUUCGUGCCGACUUACCUUAUCGAAUACUUCAGAUCCCGAAUCUCCGGCCUGCAUUAUCCAUCGUCAAGGGAUGGCUUCUCUUCUCGGAUUCGGGGUUCAAUUUACAGUUGCUCCGCCAGCUGGCUGACUUCCCGUGCCCCCUCUCCACCCUCCUUGUACAGUCGCCUGGAGUUUUCAUCGAUAAACUAGACUUAAUCUCGCAAUUUAUCUCGAAGCUUCCCCUGGAGUUGCACAAGCUGGUGGAUAGCUGUAGGGAACGGUCAUUCCCGCCGCUAGUGCACGAGCUAGUGGAGAAUUUAUGUAUCCAUUCAGUUGUGCUUCAGUAUGUUGUCUUCCAGGUGGUGGCGCACCACAUCUGGAAUAUUCCCCCCGACGCCAAUACCGAAUCAUUAAGUAAUGUCUUCCUGAAGAACCAGCUGGAGCACUUCAAACGACGUCAACGGGACGAUCCAGCGCUAUCAGCUCCAGAGGCAGCGCACGAAUAUUUCAAACAUGCGUCCGUGUAUAAUGCACUUCGAAUGAGGUAUCACAUCGCGCCGUCACUUGCGAGCCACCAAGUGACGCAGCCCCCAACGGUUCACAGUUCCAACGGGUCAGUCCUAUGGAAUCACCCCUUACAUGGCGUCUCCGAACGGCUGGGAGCAACUGAUGACACCCUCCACAGGCUGUCUAAUUCAAAUUCAGCUACUCGAGGCCCUUCCUGUCCACGGAACUCAACAGCAAAUUCAAAUACGAAUACUGCACCGCAACUCACUCAUCCACCGAUGUCCGAACCGUCACUUCGGAACCCACUGCAAAACUCACCUGUGAAUGCUGUUCUUGAAAAUCCGAGUUUGACCCGCAACCAAGCUCCUCAGCGACCGCAGAAUACAAUUGCUCGUGUCGGCGGGCAGAUUAAUCCAAGGCGGGAUAUACCCUUCUACCCAACUGCCGGCCAAAUGGUUGCUCGAAGAGCGGUAGCAAAUCCGCGUGUGACGGCUGCUCAAGAGGCUCAUUUACGAAGUCCGAGGCUCGGACCGGUCGACAACGAGUCUGCGAGGACCCCAAGUAAUCAAUUCCGCGUGGUCAGCGGGUUUGCCAUGGAUCCGCAGGCCUAUCCAGCGGAUAAGAUCCUUCACGACUUCACCUUCGACCUGUCGCCUGAGGAUUUCGCCAAGAUUCCGAAAGAUAUACCUGGGGCUUCAGGUAAGCGUCCGCUGCGCCAGUUAAGAUCCGACUCAAAGACAUUCCGUUUGCGCUGCAUCGAACUGCCUCAAAACGCAGAGGCAAUCACGUUCGAUGAGCGGAUGUGGAUCACAGCGGACACGACAUGGCCGUCCAAUUGCUACAUGCUGAUCAACGACGUCGACAUCUUCCCGCGUCGCAAAUUUCACUGGGGAAAAGAUCUCCCUAUUGAUCUCACGCCUCACCUCAAACAAGGCCAGAACAAGCUCAAAGCGUGCUUCAACAUUUAUCCCACCCCGACUGCUGCUUCCCCUACUGCCAUCCGUUGGGCAUUCGGGGUUGAAGCUGUCACCAUUACCACGUUCAACGAGAUUUGCACUUCCGUUGUUGUUCACCGGCGCAUAAGUAGCGAAAACACCAAGUCCAAGCUCGUUGCCGCAGUAUCUAGGCAUCUGUCCCCCAAAGAUACCGAAGACGACGACUUUAUGGUCACCACAUCGUCACUGCGGAUCUCACUCCGCGACCCCAUUUCUCAGUCGCGAAUUUGCAAACUCCCCAUUCGUGGCCGCUACUGUCGACACCCUAACGCGUUCGACCUCCCCGCUUUCUUGCAAAUCGCCACGCGCGACCAUCCGAACUGGCCCGCCUGCGUCGACAUCUGGCGGUGCCCGAUAUGCAAGAGCGAUGUGCGGCCAAAGAAUAUGGGACUCGAUGAAUUCUUGAGCGACGUGAGGGUGGAGCUGGAGAGCCGAGGGAAGGAGGUGGCGGAAUCGGCAGAAGCGAUUGUGAUCAAGGAGGAUGGGUCGUGGGAGGUGGCAUCUAGAACCCAAAAUACUCAAGUGGAUAAUGAGCGGCGUAAAAGCAAGGGAAAGGGAAUACUCCUGGGCUCGGUGGAACCAAAGAGAGGGUAUUCGGCCAGACCCUCAUCGAGUUCGUCGAAGAGGGCCAUGGUGUCGGAAUGCAUUAUUCUUAGCGAUGAUGAUGAUGAAUGA